AUGUGCAUUUUGGCUUUCGUUAUUCGGUUGUCGCAUCGAUUUCCACUUGUGCUUGUGAGCAACCGUGACGAGUUGCGCAGCCGUGUGACGCACCAGGUCGAGGUAGACGCCGAGACAGGAUUUCUGUGGGCUGCAGACGGUGUGGCAGGUGGAUCCUGGCUGGGGCUUAAUGUACGCAAUGGGCGAUUUGCUAUUCUGACCAACUGCUGUCGUAGUCCAACGGCACCCCUGAGUCUUGGCAAGAUCACCGCGCCCGCCAACUGGCGGGGAGCCAUGCCCCUCGAUGAGGUGGUGCGGCGGAUGCGGGUGCACGCCAGGCCCGCCGAGCACGGUGGCACCAAUGUGUCGCUGGCGUUCGUCCCUCACGCUUCUCGAGGCCAUAUUGUUCGUGAUUUCUUGCUGGAGGGGAAAACGCCGGGGGAUUGUCUUUCGUCAUCGUCGUUGUCGACGCACUCCUUUUCCACAGUGGAGAUGGAACUAAUGGGGCUGAGGCCCUCACUUGCCCCACCAUACUUUAGAGGUUAUAAUCUACUCACCGCGGAGAGUCUAUUUGACUCCCGGAAACUGCACUUACUGUACACGACAAACCGGUACGCUGCGGAGCACAAAUCCCCCGUACAACACGGCAUCACUCAUUGUCUGGAGAACAGCUACCUUGACAACUGGAAGGAGCCCAAGUCCGCGUUGUUACGCGAAAGAUUUGAGGAAGCAGUGAGCAAAUUCAUCCCCACAGAUGCAGCACCGUACGAUGCGGAGUAUGUGGCAAACUCCUUCGCAUCUCACUGUCUCUGUCUUGAGCCGCAGUUUGAUCUGCGCGAUGAAAUUCUGGCAGGCAAGGGCUCUCCAGAGGUGCUUCGGGAGUAUGAGGAGGUGCUAGACGCUACACUGCCGUAUAACGGCUACAAUGGAGAGAAGGAGCUCAAGAAGCUCUACGGCGGGGGGCUGCGUCCCCCGUUGCGCUUCCCGACCGAGUUUUACAGGGAGGUUGCUAAUUUUCACGAACGAAAUAUUUUUUCGUCGAAUCCGACGUACGGCACACGAGCGCAGACGGCGGUGGUGGUGGAAAAGGUGCCUGAUGGAGAGAAGACCAUUGUCCACUUCUCGCAGCGAGAUUGUGACCCCGGUGGGGCACACAAACUGUGGCGCCACUUUACUGUCUCUUCACCACCAAUGACUUGA